GCAAUGAGUUGAAAAAGGAAAAGCAUUUUGAUUGAGUGCGUUUAAUGUUUAUGCGCGUAAGGAGAUGGAGAGAGAGAGAGCAUUUGUUCGGCCAGCACACUUGUCCCUCUCAAACUUGUCUCCACACCUUCUAGAGAGAGAAACAUAGAGUGGGAGUGAGCGAGAGCGACAGAGAGAGAAACCGAAUCAAGACAAACCCCAUCCACUCCCGUUCCAGUACGUGCACGCUGCACCGAUACAUACACGCUCUCUAGAGGGAGAAAAAAUUGAAUUUGUAGAGAGAGAGAGAUCGCUCGGAACCGAUGCUGUGGUGGGAAUGGGGAAGGCCGAUAAUCAUCAACUGCCAGUUGUGCAGCAGCCCCGUGGCAGUUCUAGAACCUUCCUCUGCCAGAGAUGUGCGGUGGGAGCUUCCAGACUCUUCAGCUUCAAAUGCGCCGUAGUUUUGAUGCUCAGUGUCGCCGCUUUCUUCUCUGCAUUUUUCUGGCUUCUUCCUCUUCGAUACAAGCAGCCUGGGUUUGAUGCUAAAAGCUCCAUCAAGCUCAGUGCAACUGUUCAAUCAUAUUUCCAGCUUCAAAAGCCGAUUUCUGAACUUAUACCAUACAUUUCAAGACUAGAAUAUGAUGUUAACGAGGAGAUAGGUGUCCCUUCCUUAAAGGUUGCUGUUCUGUCCAUGCACCAGGCAGACUUAUCUAACUGGAAUAGCUUAUCUAACUGGACUGAUGUGUUGUUAGGCUUCCUCCCUGAUCCAAUUAAUAGUGCACCAAAUCCUGUGGCCUUGAGUUUGUUGAAAUCAUCCUUGAUUGAUCUGUUUCUUCAACAAUACAAUUUGACGUUAACCUCCACAAUUUUUGGAGAGCCUUCUUCAUUUGAGAUUUUAAAAGUUCCUGGUGGAAUUACUAUAAUCCCAGAGAGGACUCCAUUGCUGUCUUUGCCUCUAGUCAAUUUCACUCUCAAUAGCUCAAUUUAUGAUAUAAAAGAAAAUCUUCCGGAGUUGAAAGAACAACUAAAAUUGGGAUUGCACCUGAUGCCAAAUGAGAUGGUGUACAUACAAGUAACAAACAAACAUGGCUCAACAAAAGAUCCACCGGUGAUGGUUGAAGCUUUAGUUGCAUCUGAAAUUCCUAUACAGCCAGAAAGAUUAAAACAGCUAGCUCAAAUAAUUACUGGGUCACCUCCUGUGGAAAACCUUGGGCUUGAUCAUUCUGUUUUUGGCAAAGUUAAGGAAAUAAGCUUGUCAUCAUUUCUAAACCAUUCUCUUUAUGCACCAGCGCCUACACCUACACCUACACCUACACCUUCUCCAUCUCCAUCACCAGAAAGGGCUUAUCACACUGGACCAUCUAUGGUGCCAUCUUAUUCUCCCGGCCUUUCACCCAACUCACGUCAUGCUCUACCACCUUGUCCUACAUGUUAUGCUUAUGAACCUUCACCCAGUCCACAUAAUGCUCCUCAGCACUCUUUAUCUCCAAAUUCUGGUUCUCCCACACCCUUAGGAGCUCAAGGCUGUCACCAUUGUAGUUCUGAUGAUUCGCCAAGUCCUUCUCCAACUUCUCAUCCUGACCAACUUUCUCCAAACUUGUCUCCUCGUUCUACCAGAAAAUCACCUGUAGCAGUAUCAUCGCCCCAGACUUCACCAGCCAGUCCUCCAGACAAUAGGAGUGGGAAAGAUUUGGGGUCACCACUGCAUGUUUCGUCAUCUUAUACUUAUUCAUGUAAGUACCAAAACAACAAUACAUAUUAUUCCCUUCAGCCUCAAAGUUUCAGAUUUGAUAUUGAUGAUUUUCUUGGUAAUUCUCUGUCUUGUUGCCUAAUUAUAUAAUGUCAUCAAAAUUAGUAGUAUUUCUUAAAGACACAAGUUACAAUAAGGGGGAGGGAACACCCAUCAAAAACAAUAAUUGAAUUGAUCAUUUAGAAAAUGCUGUGCGGCGUAGAAUGUUAACUGCACUGAAACAAUCCUAUUAAAAAAAAAAUACAGCAGCAUAUAUCUUCUGCUGGUUUCCUUUCCCAUUUUCCAUGAAAAAUGGCUUCUUUUGUCCAUAAGAUUGGAAGAAGAUUUAGUAUAAGAGACAACAGAAGUAGGGUAUUUCCAUGUUCUAAUUAUAUGCUAGGGUCCAAUUAACCAGAAUGCAUGUACAUUCAAUGCUGGACAUAUUGAGUUAAGACCCUAAAAAAUUGUUUUCUCUAAUAAUAAACUUGAAGGUGUAUGAAGCUUCAUGUUGGAGUUUUGGACCUGAAUGUACGUGAGUAGGCUAUAGUAGUUAUCUCGUAAGAUAGAAUUCCAUCCCUACCAAAUUCAAUCAUCUUGUAGUAAGGGCUCCCAGAAAAAUAGAUCUUCAAUCCAUCCCACUCAGUCAUCAUAACGAUCUUUGGAUUUACUUUUAUUUUUGCAGAUUUCAUUAAGUUUGAUCUGCAUCUAUAUGUUAAUGAAGAUUUGAUUACUUCAAAUUUACUACCAACACUUCUAAAGUCUACAAUGAUUUAACAUGUAAAUUUAUCAUCAUUUAUAUUUUGUUAAUUUUUGUGCCUUGUGUUCAAAAGGUGUGCCUUGCGUGUCUCUAGGAUUUUUUUGUGCUUGCUUCUUUAAUACUACUUCCUCCGACCCAAUAUUCAUGACUUGUUAUACUUUCUGGGUUGUCCCAAUAUUCAUGGCCUUAUUGUAAAUUGGGAUAUAAUUAGGGCUUCAUUAACAUUUAAUUAAUCUACUUAUAAAUACCUACAAAUCUACUCUAAUCCUAAAAGUAAAGCACGCGCACCCAAUGUUGUGAAAAUCUU